AUGGACUCGCGCGACUCAGCGUCCUCGACGCCGACGUCUACUCUAACUUGGAUAAGCUGGUUCUGUUCGCUCCCUGGACACGACUACUUUUGUGAAGUCGCGGAGGACUUCAUCGAGGAUGAUUUCAACUUGACAGGGCUGAACUCUAUGGUGCCGUUUUGGAAGGAGGCGAUGGAGAUGGUGUUGGAUGUUGAGCCAGAUGAGGAUUCAGCAAAGAUACCAGAUGUGUCGAUCGUGGAGGCGUCUGCAGAGUUGCUUUACGGACUGGUGCAUCAACGCUACAUUCUGACUCGGGCGGGGUUGCAGGCGAUGGCAGAGAAAUAUGAGGCAGGGAUAUUUGGUUCGUGCCCUCGGGUGUACUGUCGAGGAUGCAACGUCGUCCCGUGUGGACGGUCAGAUCUUCCAGGACUGGACACCGUCAAACUGUACUGCCCCAACUGCAACGAUUUGUAUGUGCCACCAAGCAGUCGCUUCCAGGGUGUAGACGGCGCUUUCUUCGGAACCACAUUCGCCCAUCUCUUCUUCCAGAGCUAUCGCGAACUCCUCCCCGCCCCAUUCUGGAAGCCACUUCCCGCCGACCCGAUUGCACCAGGCCGAUCUCCCCGAAGCACGACGGGCAGUAACUCCUCUACGACGCCACCCUUCGUGAACCCGAAUCAGCACGGAGGACAGAAGCGCGCUGCGGGUCAGGUGUACGUACCGAAGAUCUAUGGAUUCAAGGUCAGUGAGAAGGCCAAGAGCGGACCGAGGAUGUUGUGGAUGAGGUUGCGACCUGAGUCGCCGGAGGAGUUGGAGGAUGUGGAUUGGAAGGGAAGGUGGAUCGAUGAUGAAGAUGAUCAGUAUGAUGACGACGAGGGCGAGAUGGAAGAUAGGCAGAUGGAGGACUUUGAUCCUGUAAGUUCAUCACUCGAAGUCGGCGAGGACGAUGAAGACGAGGAGGAGGAAGAGGAAGAGGAGGAUGCCCCUCCUGCGGGUAGCGCCCCUCCAGGCCGUCGCCACGCCGCACAGGCGCUUCCUCCACAGGAGCACACUCGGCCACCAGUGACCAGCGCCAUCCUUUCCUCACUACCUAUGUUCUCUUCAGGAUCCAAAGUGAAGGUUGUGCGGCAGCAGCUGGGAGGCUCUCGUCCGAUGAUUGCUGUAUGA